AGUUAGUCAUAAACAAGGUCCGGACUACCUAAGGGAGACUAUAGGGCUUGCCGGACCAUUUGGAGCUGAAGAGUUAAAAUGAAAACUUCAUAAAAACUACAAAAGAACAGCAGAUAAGGGGGCAGGACAGAGCUGGCCUGAGAUGUGCCCGGCCAAGCCUAAAAGCAAGGUCGAGGGAUUGUUCCAGGGACUGGCAGCCACCAUCUCCUCUGAGUCAGGGGCCAUCCGGACGGACGGAUGACUCCCUGCUCUACAGAUAAAGAUAAGACAUUCUCCUAUAUUGAGAACACCCCAGCCCGCAUGUACUGCUUGCAGAUGAGACCUUGUACCCAUUUCCCUUGCUGAUAACCACGCGAAACCCCCUAACUUCUCCUAUAUAAACCCCUGCCUGAAGAGGCUCGGGGUCGAUUCCUCUGUCUCCUGUGUGAGAUACGUGUCGACCCGGGAUCCCGCUAAGACCCGGGAUCUUGUUAAUAAAGCUACCUCCUGCUGUUACAUCAAAAAUGGCUACUCGUGAUUCCUGGGGGCACCCCAUCCCACGAUUGGAGCGAGAGACACGUCCCCCGUUUAGGGGUAUGCUCUUUCAUAUGGGGGCUCGUCUGGGAUCGGAGUGUGACCCCCCCAGAACCCCGAAUGCCACUUGGAGUAACUGUUACAGGUCUUCUUUACCACUGAGGAAAGACAGAAUCCUACUGGAGGCCAGAAAGAAUGUUCCAGACAUGGAUGGAAGGCCCUCACUUCUGCCUGUUAACUUCAAUACGCCUAAAGAUACUUUUUCAGAAAUAGAUAGAAGCUUUCCUCACCAAACGAGAGACGGCCUCUACAAUCAUCAAGAAGAUACUGGAAGAAAUCUUCCCCAGGUCUGGAAUGCCCAAGAUAAUCUGGUCAGACAACGGCCCUACUUUCGUUGCCAAGGUUGGUCAGAGAAGGAUCUCGAAGAUAUCUUGGGAGGCGGGGGAUACAAACCUGAGAAGGAUAAAGGUGGAGCUCUGCAUCAGGAGAAUUGGUUUUUUUUCAAUAUGGAUACAACUAAGGAGGAAGAUGUAGGAGAAGAAAAUCGAACCGUGGUUUGCCAAGGUGCUGCGGUUAUCCGAAGAGGGUGGAAAAGAAAGAAACGAUAUCUGACCUUGUUCAAUGACAUUUUGGUGGUAUCCAGUAAACUAUCCAUUUGUGAAGCCAAAAAACACAACAUAAUGGGACUUCCCAUGCAGAUAUUCACUGAGGACAUUGCAUGCUGUGACACUCCUCUAUAUGUAAAAGCAACAAACUUCAAUAUGGUAAAUGACAUAAUCAGCAAGUUACUACCAAUGAUAAGAAAGCAUAACAUUGAAGAUUACCAACUGUGGUUCUAUCCUGGCCCUGGGAAAGCUCCAAGAGUACUCCAAGAAUUCAUCUUGAAGCCCAGAAACUCAGCAAGAAGCCAGCAGCAAAAAAAUAUGAAGGAAAAAACUUUUAAGAAACAGAGAACUUCUAUGACGUCGCAGUUGGACAGGGGCUCUGUGCCCCACUAGGACCAAGUAUGCACCACCCCACCAGUUAAAAAGGGAAGAAAACUGUUUGGAAGAGAACUCAGUUCCAUUUGUCAGGAUGGCAUCCUGCCUGGAGCAAUUCUGGACAUGCUGUACCUACUAAAAAAGAAAGGGCCCACAACCACGGGUGUCUUUUUAGAACCUCCGAGUAUAACUUUGUGCCAAACAGUAAAGGACAAAUUGGAUUCGGAAGAGGAGGACUUCCUCCAAAACAUCCAGGGAAGUCUAAUGACUUCAAAACUAUAUGAUGAGUGGAUUGGUGUACCCGACAAGGUCAAUGAUGAAGAGAAAUUAGCCGCAGUGCAGAGUCUUUUAGAUAAAAUGCCACCUGAAAAUGCGGCUCUUCUGAGGCAACUUUUUUUUAUAUUAUAUGAAAUUAAAAAUAACUCUCCUUCUAAUGAAAUGUCUUCUUACCACCUAUCUGUUGGGUUAGCCCCAUGUCUCUUAUUCAUGCCCAGCUCCUGCAAUAAUGGAGUGACUGAUAUUGGCAAAAAGAUUUCUCUAGUAGAAUUUAUGAUCGAAAAUUCUCCAAAAGUUUUUGGAGAGGACUUGGCUGCAGUGUGGCUUGGAACAUCACUAUAUCAUCCUCCUGGAGGAAAGUCCUCAUGUUCCCAGAAUAAUGCAACAAAUAUUGGAAACAUUAAGGAAACCGAACAUGGACUCAGCAGCUGCCCCAUUGGGAGGAUAUGUACUCCUGGCUAUAACACACGGCCGAGAAGUCCAGCUGCUCUUCCCUAUGAGGGCCUUCUAGAUUCACAAAAACACGAAGGCAUUGUAUAUACUAACCCAACGGUAAUAUCUAUUAAUCCACCACAAGCAAAACAGAAAUGUUUGUUUGGGAAAUCUCUUUCGGGUCUUUUAGAAGACAAAACGUUGCUUAAUCCAAAACUUGGCUUCAGCAUAACCGAGUCCUUCCUGCCCCCCACCAGCAGCCCUAGUGAACACCGCCGGGCCGAGCCUGGCAGCGGGCUGACCCGGACUCCCAGCUCCGAGGAGAUCAGCCCUACAAAAUUUCCUGGAUUGUACCGAAUGGAUGAGCCUUUGCCUCCCCAUGACAUCCUCCACGAGCCUCCUGAUAUCGUGUCAGAUGAUGAGAAAGACCAUGGAAAGAAAAAGGGAAAAUUUAAGAAAAAGGAGAAAAGGACUGAAGGCUACGCUGCCUUCCAGGAAGACAGCUCUGGAGAUGAAGCUGAAAGUCCUUCCAAGAUGAAGAGGUCCAAGGGAAUCCAUGUGUUCAAAAAGCCCAGCUUCUCUAAAAAGAAGGAAAAGGAUUUUAAAAUCAAAGAAAAGCCCAAAGAGGAAAAGCACAAAUAGGAAAAGCAUAAAGAAAAGAAAUGUAAAGACUUGACGGCCGCCGAUGUUGUUAAACAGUGGAAGGAGAAGAAGAAAAAGAAGAAGCCAACUCAGGAGUCAGAGGUGCCUCAGACGGACGCCCCGAGUCUCGGACCCAUUUUCGGCGCUCCCUUGGCUGACGCAGUAGAGAGGACCAUGAUGUACGACGGCAUCCGGCUGCCAGCUGUCUUCCGAGAGUGCGUGGACUACAUGGAGCAGCAUGGCAUGAAGUGUGAAGGCAUGUACCGAGGGUCAGGAGUCAAAUCAAAGGUAGAUGCAGCCUGUGAUCGAGAGGAGUCUCCAAACCUGGAAGAAUAUGAACCUAACACUGUAGCCAGCUUGCUGAAGCAGUAUUUGCGAGACCUUCCAGAGAAUUUGCUUACCAGAGAGCUUAUGCCCCGAUUUGAAGAGGCUUGUCAGCAGAGGACCACAGAGAUGGAGAAAGUGCAGGAGUUCCAGCGCUUGCUCAGGGAACUGCCGGAGUAUAACCAUCUUCUGCUUUCCUGGCUCAUUGUGCACAUGGACCACAUCAUUGCGAAGGAGAUAGAAACCAAGAUGAACAUCCAGAACAUCUCUCUAGUGCUGAGCCCAACUGUCCAGAUCAGCAACCGGGUCCUGUAUGUGCUUUUCACACACGUGCAAGAGCUCUUUAGCACCGUGGUCCUGAAGCAAGUAACAAGACCUCUGCGUUGGUCCAACACGGCCACAAUGCCUACACUGCCAGAGACCCAAGCAGGCAUCAAGGAAGAGAUCAGGAGACAGGAGUUCCUUUUGAACUGUUUACAUCGAGAUCUGCAGCGCGGGAUAUAGGACUCAUCUAAAGAAGAAAGAUUAUGGGAAGUACAGAGGAUUCUGACUGCCCUCAAGAGAAAGCUGAGGGAAGCUAAAAGACAAGAGUGUGAGACCAAGAUUUCCCAGGAGAUAGCCAGCCUAUUGAAAGAGGAUGUUUCCAAAGAAGAAACGAAGGAAAUUGAGGAGGUCAUAAAUAUCCUCCUUGCCCAGGAGAAUGAGAUCCUGACUGAGCAGGAGGAGCUCCUGGUCAUGGAGCAGUUUCUGCGUAGUCAGAUCGCCUCGGAGAAAGAAGAGGUCCACCGCCUCCGAGCUGAGAUUGCGGAGAUCCAGAGUCACCAGCAUGGCCGCAGCGAGACAGAGGAGCACUCUUCUGACAGCGAAUGCGAGAGCAAGGAUGAGGAGGAGCUGCAGAUCAUUCUAGAAGAAGACUUACAGAGGCAGAAUGAAGAGUUAGAAAUAAAGAACAAUCACUUGAACCAAGCAGUUGGUGAAGAGCGGGAGGCCAUCGUUGAGCUCCGAGUGCAGCUCCGGUUGCUCCAGAUGCAGCGAGCCAAGUCUGAGCAGCAGCUCCAGGAGGAGGAGCCCGAGAGGCAAGGGGACACAGGCCCACUGCCUUGUGAAGGUGUCCUUGAGGUGAUAGCAGCCAAGGAGCAGGUGAAGCCCUCGCCCAGCAAAGACCCGAAGGAGACGCAUCUGAACUGCCCCGGCCUUGUGCAUCAUACUGUAAGCAAGAGUCCACUGCCUGUCCUGCCUGGCAGCGUUCCGUAAAGGCUCUCAGAGAUGCUCACUCUUGCACACGUCUGACUCCGCGUCAGGCUCAGGUCCUGGGAGAGUGAAGGGGUGGACACUCGGUGGUGGGGGGCUUGCAGGGAACACAGGCAUUUCCAGAUAGUGUCAGCUUAUUUGAAAAUUAAUUUUCUUUGAUAAAAAUAACUAUUUUAACCCUUGAGUGGCUUAUUUUUAAACCAAAAAACUUGUUGUUGUUGUUGUUGUUCUUUAAAUCACAGUAGAAUCAGGAUCUCUUUCUUAUCAAAGGGUGGGAACCAAACCAGGUCACUUCUGCGCCUGCCUUGUGGACGCUCGUGGUCUUACCAGCCCUGCAGGGUCCCUGGCCACUCUUGCUUGUGCCUUCCACACCUUUUGGUGCAGAUUGUUCAGUGGGGAUCUGCCUCAUAUUCUCUGACUGGCCAAAAAGGCUCACGCUGGGGUUCCUUGUUCCUGCCCUGUGUGUACCACUUUUCUUUUCCAGCUCCGAGUCUGUCAAUGUGAGUCAGGACGGCCCAGUUUGGUUGCAGAGGGAGGUUACCAUGCAGCCUGCCACCAGCCUGGGCAGGGCAGGCCACCCACUCACUGCCAGGGAGCAGCAAGGGCCUUUUCUCAGAGGUGGUCAGAGAUGACCACCUUGACCCUGAGGUUGCACAGGACACUUCUCACACCAGAGUCCUUUUCCACACUGACCUUCCAGGAAAGUCACCUUCCACAGUGACUUCAGUUGCUAGCUUGGGCUGGGAUACCCACACCUCUGCCAGGAUAAGCCAUGUAGAUGCUCUCAUGCACAACUUUCACCUGUCCAUGUCAUCUCAAGGGGCUGCUUAAGGACUCUGACAGAACUGAGCGGAAGGAAGGAAAGCAUAACUGUAAUUGACCGCACCUGGUGUUUGCCUCUAACCCAAGACAACUGCUCCCAGCGGUCUGGGAGGCCGGACUCUGAGGCAACAGGAUUUCACUGUCAGAUGAGUGGCCCCCAGGGAGGUCCCCUGUGGCUCUGAAGACAAAUGCCACACUCUAAAGUGAGCAACAAAACCACAGGAGGGCUCUGUCUACUCCCCAGUUAGUAUUUAUUUCAGCACCUGUUUUGUGCGAUUUUUCAUUAGCCUCUACCUAUUGCACUGUUGUGACUUGUUGGCCAUUAUUUGAUUUUUGUACAGAAAAAAAAGCUUUGUUAUAGAAAUCAGCAUAUUUUUUUUUUAAAUCUGGAGAGAAGAUGUUAUGGAGACUGGAAAGGUGGUCAGGUGUCAAAUGAAAAUGUACAAAUGCCUUGCUGCACUCGUCAGAUGUGCGACACUCAUUCUAUAUUUGCUGGCAAUAUCGAAGAAUUCUUUUUGUUUGUGUAAACUCUAAUUUCUAUCAAGGUAUCAUGGGUUUUUAAAAUUUCAUUACAAAUGUCUCAAUGUUGGUUAACUAAUUUUUGCCAGGACCAUUAUUGAUUAAGGAAAUAAAUUCAGCGGCCUUUGAGAAAAAAAAAAAA